AUGCAACUAGCUCACCAACCUAACAAACAAAAUAUAAGUUAUUUACAAUGCGUUGCCAUAUUUACCCUCACAAGAAACGAAAAUGACACGGAAUCCUCUGAUCUGAAUAACUGUGUGCCGAAGUCGCCAUUGACAACGAAUCCGAGAAGUUAGUGGCGUGGCGUGGCGGUGUUGCGUCGAAAGAGAAACGCACAGCGUCAGCAUCAACAUUUUCAUAAUUUGACAAGUAAAAAUGAUGACGUGUUCUCCCGAGACGAUCAACAUCGCUGCAAGAACUCAGAAACUUGAUGUUGAUAAUCGAAUUUCGCUGCGAUUCUAUUACAGGAUCGCCGAUAAUAUCCUCAAACAGGCUGAUAUCUUUCGAGCAGAGAAAAAUAUUGUUGAUCUAUAUAUCAUGCUCCUAAGAUUUUCUAGUUUGGUUUCUGAGACAAUACCACGUCACAGAGAUUAUAGAAUAUCUCCACAGAGCAAGAAAGAAUUAUUGAGAAAGAAAUUGUUAACUUCUGUGAAUGAACUGGAGAAGUUGAAACCACUGGCACAACAGAAGAUCAAUGAGCUUAACAGCAGGAAAUCAUACCAACAUAAUGGGUGGGAAAAAUUUCAUUCAACUUAUUCGAUGGAUAUUUCUCCUGUGAAAAAGCAAACUAUGCCUAGUUAUGAUCAAAUAAAGGCAGUCAGACAAACUGCAGGAGAGUCUGUUUACCGAGGAUCAAGGGGCCAGCAGUUUCCUUAUGUAAGGCCUGUGGAAGAGAACAUGAAAAGACUAUCUCUAACUCUCCCACCUCCAAAGGUAGAAACUCUAUCCAGACAUUCUAUUCUAGGUCCAAAUGGGCUUAAAGGGAAGUGGCAACCACCUACAAGUGAUAAAGGGGUUAGGUAUCCAACUAUCAUAGAUCUGUCUCCUGUUGAAAUUCCAAGCCUUCGUCUAUCCUUGGAAGAUGGAUCUCUGGAUAAAAAAGAUAAUAGCAUUUCAGAACACAAUAGAGAAAAUUUAGAAUCAAUCCUUACCCAGAGUGAGGAUUGCCAGGUCCAACAUGCUGAUGAAGCUCCUUCGCUUAUAUCUUUUGAAGAAACAGAAGCCUCUGCUCCUUUAAAAGUUAUCAGACAGCCUUCUCCUCCACCUGUACUUGCUGAAGUACAAGAUUUGAUUCCUACCGUAUCACCUCAUGUUGAUGAGGAAGGAUGUAAAACAGUGACUCCAUUGUCAGAUAGUUUUGCCCGUGCCGAGUCUCCUCUGCAAUUACACAUUUCAACUGCAAUGAUGGGGAGUUUUAUGAAGCUUGCCAAGUCUAACACUGACAAAAAUUUAGAGACUUGUGGUAUCCUUGCAGGCUCGCUUAAAAACAGAAAAUUUUAUAUUACAGCUCUAAUAAUCCCCAAGCAGGAGUCAACAUCAAGUUCUUGUCAAGCUACAAAUGAAGAGGAAAUAUUUGAAGCACAGGAUAAGCGAUCUCUUUUUCCCCUUGGCUGGAUCCAUACACAUCCUACACAAUCUUGUUUCAUGUCAUCAAUUGAUGUACACACCCAUUACUCAUAUCAGAUUAUGCUGCCAGAAGCUGUUGCAAUAGUCAUGGCACCAACAGACAGUUCAAGAACCCAUGGUAUUUUUCGGUUGACAACCCCCGGUGGCAUGUCAGUCAUUAGAAAAUGCCAGCAACGUGGUUUUCAUCCACAUGAUCAGCCUCCAGAUGGUGGUCCCAUUUACGAUACAUGUAAAGACGUUUACUUGAACCCUGAUUUAAAAUUUGAUGUCAUUGAUCUUCGAUGAUAAAUUUUGUUUCUAGAUGGGUAAGAAUUGUCUAUAUUACCAUACUUUCUAAGAUAUAUAGGUUUUACCAUUUAUCCAGCCAUGGACAUCAUAAUGUAUGUCAUGUCGGCUGUAUUUGUAAAAGAAGAAAUGUUGACUGUUUAUUCUUGGUUUCUACAGCUCUACUUAUUUUGUAAUUAUUCACCAAUGGCCUGUUUGCCAUUGUUCUGUUCUGUAUUGCAUCCAUGAGACUGGUCAAAUUCUAAGCUUCAUGUGCAGAUAUUUAUGAUUAUUGCCUUGCGGCGAGCUCUAUAAGUAUAAAGUGCCGUAACCGUGAUAGUUGCAAAA